CGUGCGGACCACAGCUCGAGCCGCCGGCAAUUGCAUAGUCCACGAGGACCCCGACACGCGAGCCCACCCUCUCCGGUCCGUCCCUCCUCCCCGCGUCCGACGACCUGCUCCGCCGCGCCGAUCGACUCCGUCUCACCCACGCUGCCGCCGGUGAUCCGGGAGGCAGUCGAGGUCGAGGGGCCAGCGUGCGACCGGAGGGGAUGCGGCAGCAGCGGGGCGUCGGCAGGGGCGGGGGCCGGCGGGAUCCCGGGCUGCUGACCAGGGUGGUGGACAAGGUCUUCCGCUUCGUCCGCCUCGCCGAGUUCGAGAUCCUCUUCGUCCUCUUCUUCUUCAUCGCCUUCAUCCUCUUCAAGGAUCUCAUGUCUCGACCAGACUACAACCAGAUCUUUGUCAAGAAGCCUGAUCAAGAUGACCGCUGGCCUUAGAGGGUAGGAAAUCAUAAAAAUGUUCUUAUUGUAGUGUAAUCAUCUUUUCUUACUGUGUUGCGGUAUGUACAUUCUGUAGAGGCUCAUUUAAAUUUCCUUGUUAUGACUACUUAUUCGAUACUUUAAAGAUGCUUUUGACA